AGGGCCAUAAAUAAGAGGGUCCUAUGUCAGGGAAGCAGGAGUCAGUGAACGGGAGCGUGUGCUCGGAGCGAGCGUUAGAGGGAUUCCCGAGCCCGCUGGAGCUGCGCCGCUCGCUGCCGGGCGGCCCCGGGACGCGCCGCGCUCCAGGCGCCAUGAGCCGCGCAGCCGCCGCGCUGGGGCCGCUGCCCGCGCUGCUGCUGCUGCUGCUGCCGGCGCGCACCGCGCUGCUGGCCGGGGCCUGCAGCUGCGCGCCCGCGCACCCCCAGCACCUCAUCUGCGACGCGGCCCUGGUGAUUCGAGCAAAAAUAUCCAGUGAGAAGGUGGUUCCUGCCAGUGAUAAUCCUCUUGAUACCCACAAAAUGAUCCGGUAUGAAAUCAAACAAAUAAAGAUGUUUAAAGGAUUUGAAAAGGUCAAGGAUGUCCAGUAUGUCUAUACCCCUUUUGAUUCGUCCCUCUGUGGUGUGAAACUAGAAGCUAACAACAAAAAACAGUAUCUUUUGACAGGCCAAAUUUUAAAUGAUGGUAAAGUCUUCAUCCAUUUAUGCAACUACAUUGAACCAUGGGAUGAUUUAUCCUUGUCUCAAAAGAAGAGUCUUAAUCAGAGAUACCAAAUGGGCUGUGGUUGCAAAAUUACGACCUGCUACAUGGUGCCCUGUUCCAUCACUGCACCGAACGAGUGCCUCUGGACAGACUGGCUGAUAGAACGAAAGCUGUACGGGCACCAAGCCAAGCACUAUGCCUGCAUCAAGAGAAGUGAUGGCACUUGCAGCUGGUACCGAGGUGGUCCUCCCCCAGAGAAAGACUUCAUUGAUAUCAGCGAACCUUAAACCCAUCACUUUCUAGAAAGCCUUGGAGGCUAAUUCCAUCAAACACUGCACGCUCACAGCUUUGAACUGCCAUCGUCUAAUGUAUCUGUUGCUUAGAAACAAAAACAAAUUGUCCUGUACAGCUAAAGUACGAGUCUGUGGAAUUGGCACUCGCGCAAGAUGAGGAACAAAUCUCCUGGAGGUAGCUACUCUGUAAAGUUACGCUUUGUACAGAGAGGCUCAAGCUGAGAAUGCUCCUCUGUGUCCUCUGAGGCACAACAAGUUUCCCUUUUACCAAUAUGAAUGUACGAGAACAAACAAAUUGCCAGAAUUUUGUCCCCUAUUUCUGUUAACUUACAGCGUAAGAGUGCCCCAUGUUUCAUUCCAGAUCUUUCUGAUGAACUACAGAAUGUUUUAUAGAACUAUUUUUUUCUGUAUGAAAGCCUUCUGAUACAAAAGAAUUAUUGUACAGUGUAUAUGUAAAGUGUUAUAACAAUGUGCUAUAAAAAAGAUUUAAAAAUCCCUCUAUCUCCUUAUCUGCUGAAACAAAUUGAACAGUUCUCUGAUUAAAACAAUCUGUGCUUUGUAUUUUGUAUGUUACUUAAGUCAUAGCUUUCUUUAUCUAUAAUUUCAUGGAUAACUAAGUUAAGAAACAGCUUUGAUAAUCAAAACCCUCUUACCCAAUUCAAUAUUUCUAUGGACUAGCUACACCUUGGUGAAAGAAAAGCCAGAUAUUCUAAUGCUUCAGCAUUUUAUGGAACCACCACAAGUAAUGACAGGCUAAAACUGCUUAUAUUUACAGAAACCACGUCUGGCAUCACGGCAGCUGCAGCACCUGAUAAUGCCUCUCUAAAUAUAUGACUAGGUCAUUGUAUUUCAGCACUGUUAGAAACUCACGUAAAAAUAUAUGCAAUAGAUAUUGAAUAACUUACACUGCAAGUGAUUCCUAAAAAGCUCUCAACUAUUUGAUCAUAUUGAAUAGAUUAAAUUUACAUUAAUGAUUGAUGAAUACCCAUCGUACUCUGUCAUACUGCAUUUGGUAACUCAUGAACUAGGGAAGUGUUACAACAUACUUCGCCUUUUAGUUUUUUAGUGGCUUAACUUUUAUGAAUCGAUGACCAUAGUUAGUAACUAAUCUCACGCAUAUUUAAGUUUACAAAAGUAAUUCAGUUCACAGUGAUAAAACUUCAGAAAUUCUUUCAGUAAAUGCCAAAGUUCAGAGAGUUAUCCAACUGCUUGUUCCAGAAACUGGAUGAGACCCCUCACACAGGGUAUGAAUCUGGAAUAGCUGCCAUUUCUGGUAUAUUUUACUCUCUCCAAUUUUCCUCAUUGGGUUUCUUUUACUUCAUCCCACUUUUGGCUAGAAAUGACUCUCAUGUAUUCCUCACAGGAGACUUUAGAACAACAGGCGGAGAUCUAGGCAGUUCUGUUCUCCUUUGGUUAGAUUGGGUCUAUUUAAAGGUUUAACACAAACACUGUGCUCAUUCCUGCUAACCAGUGUGACGUUUCCAGCCCAUGAGCUGACUAGGAAUCAGAGCUGUUACUGUCUAUGGGUUCAAGAGUCCACUUUUCCAAAUAGUUCCUCGCUCUGUUUGCUGUAGGGUCCUUAUAAAAUCCUUGGGACUUCAACUUGCAAAGAAGAUAUGCACAUCUUGAAUGGAAUUAGAGGUGCCUAUACACUUAAAUUUGAUGAAGUAGUAGUUUGGACAUCAAAUUCAGCAUGUUCCAUGUAUCUUGUCACACCCUGAGUUAUGCUAUAUUGGAUAUACAGUGUAUACUUGUAAAAAACCAACUGUAUGAAUGAUUUUGGUGACAUACUCUGUUCAUGUUUCUAAUGUUUAUUUUGACACUUGCAUGAAUCCAUAUUUAAAGGAUAGGUUUGAAAUGCUCUUGUGAGAAUAAAUAUUCUUACUUUUUUGGUGGCUAAACUUACACAACUCCAAUGAAGCGCAAAUGGAGCAGUGUCAAUGGGAAGGCAUGCCAUUAUUCCCUUGAGGAAUAUAUGUCCCUUAAUAGUCAAUAUUCCUCUUUUUAUUUACUGGAAAUCAGCUUUGCUUUGUUAAUUUACAAUCCUCAAUUAAAACACCAUCUAUUUGUGCUGUCAAAUGUAAAGCCCGGCUCAUUUUUGGCUUUGCUAAAGGCAAACCAAAAAUUACCCAACACUAAGUUGGACCACAGACUCACCAUGGCUACUUACAUAAAUGAAAUACAAAGGCUACAUUUCUUCCCAAAAAGAGUUGAUAUUGCAGUUCCUAUACUGACAGUGCUAUUUACUGUCAGUGCUCAGCAUUUAUAUUACUAAUUUACAGAAAGACUUAAAAAUGAGGCCAUAUUUCCUCAUGUCAAACCAAAAGCACUCCUAGACAAGCCUGCAGGAGUUUAAUAACCAUACAAAGCCUGAAUCAAGAGCAUGGCUAAUUACUAUUCAGUACAUGUACAGUGGAGCUUUGUUUCCAAAUCCAUUUUGAUGCAAUGGUGUUUUCUGAAUAGCACUCUGCAGCAAACAGAUAUUUUCUGCUUUUUAACUCAACAUAGUUCUGUUUCUAUUUCAAUUUUAUAGUAAUCAGACCUUAAACUCAACUAACCAAAUUGUACCUUGUAAAAAUAAAUGUUUUCUUUGAUAUUUAUGGACAAACUGUAAUAUGAAUUGUAUGCCAUAGUUGGUGUUAAAAACAUUUUAUAUUUGACCUGCCAUAAGAUAUCCGAUAUGAGGUGUGUCAAAAGUAUCAGCCAUCCAUUUUGAUUUCUGUAUGGGCACACAUCUGGCCAACUUUCCUGCAAUGGAUUGUACAAAGAUGUAUUUUUUUUCUCGUAUCAGUAAAUACAGCAAGAAAAGCUUCACAAAAAACUCUCUCAGAAUAAAUUUUUAUCUUCCCUGAGAUUCAGCAGUGGUAAAGAUUACGACAAGGAUUACCUAUAAUGCAGCAUUCCCAGUAUGUUAUUUCCCUGUCAAGAUUUUUACUGUAGUGGCAUUGAUAUAUUAUCAACAGUGGCUUAUUUUUACAACAUUUUAUUUUUACUUAUUGAAACUGUGUAUGUGUCAUAGGAAAGGUUAGAGCAGAAACAGAGCCUGGUACAACUUUUGAUUUUAAAUCAAAAAUGACUCACAUGACUUAUGGUAAGAGUAGGGAAAAGAGCAGAGAAGGGAGACUGUUCAGGUAAAUGGUGGAAAAGACACCACCUUGAAUAUUACUGGCUUUUUCUCAAUGUUCCAGUUAAGUUUUAAUUACAUUGUCCAACAAUUAUGUUGAAAAAGCUGUUGUUUUGUUUUCAUGACAGAGAACAUAAGAAGUGGGAAUGUAGUGAAAUAAAGGGAACUAAUUACUGAGGGAAAGGCUGUAGAUAUGACUCAACUAGCAAUGAGUUCAAAAAGCCUUACAGCAUUUUGUAUAAUCAGUCUGAGAUGAAUGUUUCUGUUUCAAAAAGUGUUUCAUUAAAGCAGCUCCAUUUUUACACAAAA